AUGGCUCCGAUCACUGUUCGCAAAGCCAAGAAAUCUAGUACCAAGUUCAAUCUUCCAAGAAUACCGAAGUCAACCAAACUCCCAUUCCCAAGCGUACUUGUCCAGGCUUGGGAUUCAUCUGGCGAAAGUGGACGUCCUACUAAAUCCACCCGCAUUGCGCUAGCUGCCGAUUUCGGACGAUGCUUAAAACAAGUGAACAACUUUUACACCAAUCGUCGCCAGGACGUGACCAACCUAAAGAGAGACUUGGGACGCGAGGUGACUGAAGAGGAGGUUGAUAGUUUGCUCUGGGCCAAGUACAAGGGGACGGUUGAAGAGCGCCAGGAAGCCAAGCAGAAGGGGCCAUCAAUAUGCGCCAGCUCGGGUUCGUCGAGCAAGUCAUCGAGCCCUGCCCCAAGCCUGAUUACGAGUGAAUACUCAAGCGGAGAUGGUGCUAAUUCUGAAAGCUCUGUUGAAUCCGUAUCUUCUGUUGAUCCAUUCAGUACCAAAUCGAGCUAUUCACAAUGGCUGGCCACAAUCACUCCUGCGAUGGCUGCACUGCUCAUGGUAGUUGAUGAAAAGUUGGCAGAGCUCGAACUCUCCAAGGGUGCUAACUCUUUCUGA